AUGUCUGCGAGCCAGUCGCUGACUUCCUUCCCCUCCUCGCCAGCAUCUGGAAGACCCAUCAUGGAUCGCAGAGGAUCGUCCAAGAGCUCCCUCAGUCUCGACCUCUCAAGCUUACCGCCUCUGACGGAGCCGGCGCCAGCUACGAACACCUUGCUCCUGACCAACCUCAACGAUCUCGAGAUCUUCCGCCCCGACAACCUGCAAACUAUCCGCGAGCUGAUCGAAGCAUCCGCGCCGAUAUAUACCUGGUCGCCACUGAAGUCCUUCCGCCGCAUAGUCGUGUCCUUCCCCGACGAGCAAUCCGCCAUCAAGGUGCGGUCGAUAUGGGACGGUGAGGCCAUCAUGGGCGAGCGAUGCCGAGUCUACUUUGGCCAGCACACGCCGCUGGACUUUGCCAAGGACAACCACCUAGAGCUCCCCGACGCCGGCAAGCUGUUCUUCAUCAGCCCGCCGCCCUCGCCCCCUCACGGCUGGGAGAUGAAGAUGGAAGACGCGCCAAACAAGCAGGUUCACGCUGAGGACUUGGCGGAUGCUCUGGCGAAGCUGCACCACCGACCGGCGCAGGCGGACAUGUCACCGAUCUCACCCACCGAGGGCGGAUCUGCCCGGACCCGGAGCCGGAGCAGCACCCUUAUCUACCAACCUCACGAGCAUGGUGGCAGCCCUCACUUACCUGCUAUCUCUGUCGACGACAUGACUGACGAGCCGAUGGCCAUGAGCCCGACUCUCGAGGCUCCGAUCAAGGCACACACGGCACGACCACCUGUGGAGCUUAUGGAGUGA